UCAUGAGACUAAAAAUGACUUGGGCACUUUUGUUGUUAAGUUUUACAUUAGUUAACUUGGCAAUCAAUGCUUUUGAAGUUUCAUAUGAUUCGAGAGCUAUAACAAUCGAUGGCAAAAGAAAAGUUCUAUUCUCUGGUUCAAUUCAUUAUCCUCGUAGCACAGCUGAAAUGUGGCCUUCUUUGAUUAAUAAAGCAAAAGAAGGUGGACUUGACGUAAUUGAAACAUAUGUUUUCUGGAAUGCUCAUGAGCCUCAACCUCGACAGUAUGAUUUUUCUGGAAAUCUGGAUCUCGUCAAAUUUAUUAAAACCAUUCAAAAGGAAGGACUUUAUGCCAUGCUGCGCAUUGGUCCAUAUGUAUGUGCUGAAUGGAACUACGGAGGGUUUCCAGUAUGGUUGCACAAUAUGCCAAAUAUGGAAUUUAGGACCAAUAAUACUGCUUACAUGAAUGAGAUGCAAACCUUCACAACUUUGAUAGUGGACAAGAUGAGGCAUGAGAAUCUUUUUGCAUCACAAGGAGGACCCAUUAUUCUUGCUCAGAUUGAAAAUGAGUAUGGAAACAUUAUGAGCGAAUAUGGAGAAAAUGGAAAACAAUAUGUGCAAUGGUGCGCUCAACUAGCUGAAUCUUACAAAAUUGGUGUGCCUUGGGUUAUGUGUCAACAAAGUGAUGCUCCAGAUCCCAUUAUUAACACAUGUAAUGGUUGGUAUUGUGACCAAUUUUCUCCUAACAGUAAAAGCAAACCAAAGAUGUGGACUGAGAAUUGGACUGGCUGGUUUAAGAAUUGGGGAGGACCAAUUCCACAUAGAACUGCUCGGGAUGUUGCAUAUGCUGUUGCGCGAUUUUUCCAAUAUGGUGGCACAUUCCAAAACUAUUAUAUGUACCACGGAGGUACCAAUUUCGGACGAACUUCAGGAGGACCAUAUAUUACCACUUCAUAUGACUAUGAUGCUCCUUUAGAUGAAUAUGGUAACAAAAAUCAACCUAAGUGGGGACAUCUUAAACAACUCCAUGAGCUUCUAAAAUCAAUGGAAGAUGUCUUGACUCAGGGAACAACAAACCAUACUGACUAUGGGAACCUGUUGACAGCCACGGUUUACAAUUAUUCUGGAAAAUCAGCUUGCUUCCUUGGAAAUGCAAAUUCAUCAAAUGAUGCUACAAUUAUGUUCCAAAGCACUCAAUAUAUUGUUCCUGCUUGGUCUGUGUCUAUCCUACCAAAUUGUGUUAAUGAAGUUUACAACACUGCAAAGAUCAAUGCUCAAACGUCCAUAAUGGUCAUGAAAGACAACAAAUCAGAUAAUGAAGAAGAGCCACACUCAACAUUGAAUUGGCAAUGGAUGCAUGAGCCCCAUGUUCAGAUGAAAGAUGGCCAAGUCCUUGGUUCAGUUUCUCGUAAGGCUGCUCAACUUUUGGAUCAAAAGGUUGUCACAAAUGAUACGAGUGAUUACUUAUGGUACAUCACAAGUGUUGACAUUAGUGAAAAUGACCCUAUUUGGUCCAAGAUAAGAGUGAGCACCAAUGGACAUGUGCUUCAUGUGUUUGUUAAUGGAGCACAAGCAGGUUACCAAUAUGGUCAAAAUGGAAAAUAUUCAUUCACCUAUGAGGCAAAGAUCAAGCUGAAGAAAGGCACGAAUGAGAUAAGUCUACUUAGUGGCACUGUUGGUUUACCUAACUAUGGUGCCCACUUCUCCAAUGUGUCAGUUGGUGUUUGUGGUCCAGUUCAAUUAGUGACACUACAGAAUAACACUGAGGUAGUCAAGGAUAUCACCAAUAAUACAUGGAAUUAUAAGGUGGGAUUACAUGGUGAGAUUGUGAAGCUAUACUGUCCAGAAAACAAUAAAGGAUGGAACACAAAUGGUCUUCCUACUAAUAGAGUAUUUGUUUGGUAUAAGACCUUAUUCAAGAGUCCUAAGGGAACUGAUCCUGUCGUGGUGGAUUUGAAAGGGUUAAAAAAGGGUCAAGCCUGGGUAAAUGGUAACAACAUUGGUAGGUAUUGGACAAGAUAUCUUGCGGAUGAUAAUGGUUGCACUGCUACUUGUAAUUACCGAGGACCAUAUAGUUCAGACAAAUGCAUCACAAAGUGUGGAAGACCUACCCAAAGAUGGUAUCAUGUACCACGCUCAUUCCUUCGUCAAGAUAAUCAAAACACAUUGGUAUUGUUUGAAGAGUUUGGAGGUCACCCCAAUGAGGUUAAAUUUGCCACCGUAAUGGUUGAAAAAAUUUGUGCAAAUUCAUAUGAAGGAAACGUGCUAGAAUUAUCAUGUCGUGAGGAACAAGUCAUCUCUAAAAUUAAAUUUGCCAGCUUUGGUGUGCCCGAAGGUGAAUGUGGAUCCUUUAAGAAGAGCCAAUGUGAAUCUCCCAAUGCUUUAUCCAUCCUGAGCAAGAGUUGUCUUGGAAAACAAAGUUGCUCUGUUCAGGUUUCACAGAGAAUGCUUGGUCCUACUGGAUGCAGGAUGCCACAAAAUCAAAACAAGCUUGCUAUAGAAGCAGUUUGUGAAUCUAUAGCCAAGAAAUAUUAGAUCUUGGGAUGUGUUAGGAUUUUCAGAAUAAUGGUCGUUUGACCUCUUAUAUGUAAUAGUGUCUUGAAUAAA